ACUGCGUAGCACAGCCGUCACAGUGUGUGCCUGCGCGUAGUCGAAUUGUACUCAUACUACUCAUACUAGUCUCAUAGACUCUUAGCAGAUUGUGCCGUGUGCGUCGUGUCUUGCGCGUCGCAUCGUGCGCUGAAUGUAACGACAAUAGUGUACAGUACGCACACUCAUUCACGCAUACAACAUCAAACGUUGUACUGCCGAAUACAGUUGUGCAUUUUUUGUUUUAGUGGUUAUAAUAAUUGUGUGUGCCUUACCCGACAUUUUUCUAACCUUUAAUAUUGUGUAUAGAUGUUUGAUUUUCCAAUCGAUUACACCGAUCGCAUACGAUUUCCAAUGCGCGUAUUAUGCUGACCAGUAACCUUAAAAAUUAUUGUUUUUUCAACACCGUGAUGAGUCGCUUUACGUAGAUAGUUGUUAUUACUUAUUGUACGACAAUAAUCACGUCCGUCGAAACACAAUCGAUUACCGCCGUUCAUUUCGUAAUCGAACAACCCGUCUUGGCGUUGAUACGUCAUGGCGAUUUCGGGACAUUUUGGUUUCGUCGACUCCAAAAUGUCUGAGCAUAGCGAAGAACGUUUAAGUGAACAGUAUCCGGGUUUAAAUUUCAACGCUUAUAUACAAGUGAAAAGGCUCACGCAAGAAGAAAUAGACAAGUAUACUGGGAAAAAACAAGAAAAAGAGAAGAAGUCUAUUGCACCAAAUGAGCUUAUUCCGAGUAAUGUAAACGAACAAGAAGUUCAAGAUGAUGGGAACAUGGAGAACUAUACAACACAAAGUAAAGAGGAUAAGUCUAUUGCACCAAAUGAGCUUAUUCCGAACAUGGUAGUUGCACAAGAAAUUCAAAAUGAAGGGAACAAUAGUGCAACAAACAAUUACAAUCCUAAUAUGAUAAUCAAACAGGAAAUUCAACAUGAUGAUGUUAACAUGGAGGAAGCACAAGAAAUGGAGAAUUUGCCUAAUCUAUCAAAUGAGUUUAUUCCUGUAGAAAUCAAACAAGAAAUUGUAGAUGAAAUCGAAUAUGAUGAAAUGGAAAAUGAUGAAAUCCAAGAUAAUUACUACAAUCAAAAUCUUGAAUGGGAUCGUGAAUGUGAUAAUGAUUUUAAUGAAUAUCUUAAUAAUCAUACCUUGGAGAUGAAUACUGAACAAGAAAAUAUGUUCAAUCCAUCAAUCAAUUUUAUUCCUAAUAUGAUAAAUGGAUCAGAAAUUCAAAACAAUACUAACAUGGAAAACUAUGUACCACAAGAAAAUGUGAUGAAUUUACCAAUUUCAUCAAUUGAAUUUGUUCCCAUAAGAAUUAAACAAGAAUUUCAUAAUCGCUCUACAGAGAUAUAUUCUUCACAAGAAUAUAUCGCUGCCAACUUCAUCCCUAAUACAAGUGGACAAGGCACUCAAAAUGAUCGUAACAUGGAGACAAAUACUUCACAAGAAUAUAUCGCUGCCAACUUCAUCCCUAAUACAAGUGGACAAGGCAGCACUCAAAAUGAUCGUAACAUGGAGACAAAUGCUUCACAAGAAUAUAUCGCUGCCAACUUCAUCCCUAAUACAAGUGGACAAGGCACUCAAAAUGAUCGUAACAUGGAGACAAAUACAUCACAACAAAGUUCUACCUCAUCAUCAACAAACGGUUCUGUUCCUAAUAAUAUAAUAAUCAAAAAAGAAAUUUUUGAUGAUGGUAACAUCGAAGUCUAUACGGAUGUAUUGAUGCCAUCAGCGGACCUGGAAUAUGAGGAUGGGACUCCAUAGUAACAGUUUUUUUUGCAUAAUCCUGGCUCACAUCUUCAUAUAUUUCUUUAACGCUUAAUGGUUUUUUGUUCUAAAAAGUAUAUGUUUAUAUAAAUAAAAAAAAAAAAAAUGUUUUCAUGCAGUACAAUGUUUAGUUUAUAAACUAAGAUUCUAAAAUAUAACAAUUUUAAUGCUCAUAAUGUUAAUAAAUUUUGUUUAAGAACAA